AUGUCACCACAGGAGUCAGGCCUGACCAACAAUGGAUGGUAUGGGAAAUUCCACCUCGAGAUGACGCUGUGGCAUCUUCUUCAUUGGGGUCGAUGGAAUCGUUGGACCAUGUUGUGGCGUAGCAUCCCAAAAAUGUACGAUUUAUUCCUGCCGUCAUCAUAUCAACGAGCAAGGAGACAAGGUUAUGAUGGUGCUCGCUGGGAAAAGAUGUCUGAUCCAACGGGAAGAUCUACACCAGGCGAUAUCAAUGCCCUACUUAUCUGGCAGCAGCCCCAUCCAAUGUAUUUUGCAGAGCUCGAAUACCGUUCAUUCCCAAAUACCACCACUCUACGGAAGUGGAAUUCCAUUCUAGAAGCUUCUGCGGAUUUCAUGGCAUCUUAUGCGUUCUAUAACCAUAGCACAAAAGUAUACGAUGUCGGCCCACCUAUGUAUCCUGUGUCAGAAAAUACCAAUGAGAACGUAACAAUAAACCCGGCUUUCGAGAUUGCUUACUGGAGAUUUGGGCUAGACAUCGCCAUUACUUGGAAAGAAAAAUUAGAUGAGAAGGUGCCGACAAGCUGGACAACUGUCAGAGAUAAUCUCGCUCCACUACCUACCGUUGAUAGUGCAUUAGCUGUGUACGAAGGAAUCCCUGACAUGUGGGGCAAUAAUAUCACCGUUGAGGACCACCCGGCGAUGACAGGUAUAUAUGGUCUUCUACCACCUCCAAGGAGUGGCCCGGCGCUGAAUAUGACAUGCGUCAGGAAUGCCGCAGAGAAAGUUCUCAAGCAAUGGAACUGGGAUAAUCUUUAUGGCUGGGACUGGCCACUGCUCGCAAUGAAUCAGUUGAGAUUAGGUAAUGUGAACCAAGCUAUGGCAUACCUUCUGGAUCCUGCGUUUUCCUUUGAUGACGCAGGCUCACUCUGGACGGAAAAACGGGCACAUCAAAGCCGCUAA